CUCCCUCCCUGCCUCCAUCCAUCCCUCCUUCCAUCCUCCUCCUCCUCCCCAAGCGGGGGCGGUGUCGCGGCCGCCCCGCCCCGGCCCCGUGCGGCCCCGGGAUGCUGCGGGGGAGCGCGGCCAGGAGCCGGGGGGCCGGGCGGAGCUGCUCCGGUCUUGCUUUUUGGACUUGUCAGCCUUGUGGACUUCUGCACACACAUCUGUUCAGCGAUGAGUAGAUCAAUAGGAUUUAACAUCUGUGUGGUCACCUGCUGCAUCUUGCUUCUGUCCUCCAGGCCACCAUGCCUUGCCUCUCCACUCCCAGAGGAGAGUGAUGUGACAAAGGUCCAGCAUGGCCUGUGGGCAGGAAAUGGGGUAGAAGAUGAAUGGACAAGCAUGCCAGACUUAAAUAACCUGGGCCCUUCUGAGCAAACUGCCUCUGAAGAGCCAUCGGGAGUGUCAGCAAAGCCAUCUGGGAUGCCCUUAGAUGAAGCCUUCACUGCAGGAGGAGAAAUGCGGCCUGUAAGCCCAAGCCAUGUCUUCCUUGGCAGCCAGAGCCUGGGUGUUAGCACCCCUGCUGUGGCAGUGGCUGCUGAGGAAGAGAAGGAGCUCAGCCCUACAAAAUCAGAGCUGGAUGAAAGUGGAGAGUUCAAGGCCAUGCUGACCACAGCUGUGACCACGCUGAACCCCUCUGUCCAGGAGGAAUCUGUCAGCAGCCCCAUCAGCAAGGCCACCACGGAGGACUGUGAGGUCGGGCAGGGCUCUGCCAGCCUCUUGGCAAACCCUCUUUCUGUGACAGCAGCAGAGGAGGGGACAGCAGAGAGCAGCCUGCACCCCUCAGCUGCACCCCAACCCCACAGCGAGUGGGUGCCCACGCUGCACCCCAGCACUCCCAGCCUGGAGAUGGUGAGUGACCACCUCCUCCCAACCCCACAGGCCUCAAGUGCAAGCUCUGAGGUGGGAACACUAAAAGCAACCACAGGGAGCACUCUGAGGCUACUGUCUGCACGAGGAACCACUGCUGCAAGCCACCCGCUUGUGACCACUGAGGCCUCUCCACAUCUGGAGGCAGAUGUGGGUGCUGGGCAAGGAGAGCUGCCCACCACAGCUAGCACCGUCAACAACCCCCCUACCAGCUCCAUGCUGCCUGACUGGGAUGACACAAAACCGGGGAAUAUAAGUCAAGGGGGAAGCAUGCAGUAUGAGGAGGUGGGAGAGGACCGAGUGGCAAUGGAAGCGUCCCAAACCCCCCUGGGAAGUGAAGAGGAGGAGGUGGUGAGAGUGGUGCCAUCCCCAGCAUCUGCUCCACCAACUCCAGGGCUUGCCAAGGAGAGCAAUUGCACAGCUCCAGCAGUGCAUGGGGAUGGUGAGUUGGUCACUUCCACAGCCAGCAGCGAUGUUCCCCUCACUGUGGACUCACCAGAUGUAGACACUGCUGGUCUGAACUCUCUGGAAAACAUAAAUGUGGUCACAGCAGAGGAGAAGAGCAUCCCUCCAUCGCAGCCAGAGGCUGUUGUGAUGACAGAUGCAUCUGAUCUCUCUUCUACUCUGGAAAGCUCAAUGAAAGGUGCUACUCAGGAGGUGACAACUGCUGCCCAGGAGGCUGAUGCUGCUCUGGUUGUGACGCUGGCACCCGCUGCUCCCCAGGGAACAGGAGCCCCAAGCCUGCCCCAGGAAACCAGCGGGGAGGACACCCAGAUGCCAACUGCUCCUGGUGCCACCCAGAUGCUGACAGCAGCUGGCAGCUCCACAGCAAGGCCUCCCGAUGUGGAAGACUUUGCAGAUGUGAUCCUGGUCACCAGUGAGACGGCUGCUUCAGCUCCUGGCGGGCCGUCUGCUACACAGCCUGGAUAUACAGAAGGACCAUCCAGCAGAACCGUGGUCCUGGUAACUCCAGCAUCAGUGGCCUCUUCUGUCAGGAGGACAGCUCUUCCAGCUGUGAGGAAGGUCAGCACGGCUGUAACCUACGGGCUGGACCGGCUGGAGUCAGAAGAGGGUGAGGAAGAGGAAGAGGAUGAAGAGGAGGAGGAAGAAGAAGAGGAGGAAGAGGAAGAUGAAGAGGACAAAGACAUAGAUUCAAUGGAUGAAAGCUUGGAAGGUGACACAGAGCUGCCGGGUUUCACGCUUCCAGGCGAGACCUCCCAGGAGCCCAUAGCUGGCCUGGAAAACCCCGCGGCCCAGCUGGCCGGGGUGUCCUACCAGGUUCCUGACACCAUCGAGUGGGAGCAGCAGAACCAGGGUCUGGUGAGAAGCUGGAUGGAGAAGCUGAAAGAUAAGGAAGGAGGCAUGUCUAGCACCAUCUUUGCUCAUAGCAGAGCAUCUUGGCCUGGGAUUCAGCCAGAGCGAACAUUGAAAGGACAGAGAAUGGUUUUCCUGGUGAAGGCAGGAUACAUGUCAGGGAUGCUGGUUCCUGUAGGAGUCGGGAUAGCUGGAGCCCUCUUCAUCCUCGGAGCACUCUACAGCAUUAAGAUUAUGAAUCGCCGGAGGAGAAAUGGCUCGAAGAGGCAUAAAAGAAAGCAGAGGGAAUUUAACAGCAUGCAAGACCGAGUAAUGCUCUUAGCCGACAGCUCCGAAGACGAAUUUUGAAUCGAACUGCAGUGCCCUUGUGAUAUCCAGUGACUUUUAAAAGGAGGGAGGGGGAGGAAAAGAAGGAAGGACUUUCUGCUGCAUCGCUGCUCUCAGCCACCCCGAACACCGAGCAGUGGUUGGUACCACCCCGGCGAACCAGGCAUGCUAUGCUCUACGUGCACCACGCAGUGAUGUUUGUUUUGGUACCGUAGUGAGAUUUCACAUUCACACCCGGCGCCUCAUUCAGAUCCGCAGCGCGUCUUGUUACAGCGGGAGCUGAUCCGUACGGAUGAUUAUUCUCCUAUUACCCCGGUGUACUAUUUUGGUCCUUGGCUGGCAGUAAUCUAAUCAUAACAAUUGCUCUCACCUAACCUGGGAAUGGAAAUCUUUGCUGUGAAUGACUUCUGUCCAAUUUGUUAAUUUUAAAUGUUACAUUACCUGAGCUAGAGUUCAUUAGUGCUGAGAUUAGCUGCUCUGCUUAAUUAAUGAGUUAUCCACUUGAACUGUAUCCCUCGUCACCUGAGAAGCGCCCAAGUACCGUGUUGUUGAUACAGUUUGAAGCACAUUUCUACGCUCUGUUCCCUGAUUCCCGCCCCUUCUUUUACAAGCCCUCCCUUCAGCUCUGCUCCACGCUUCUUGGAAACACACGGGAAUGGCCUCAACACUUGAUUCACGACAAAAAUCUUAGUCCAUUUUCAACCAGCACUGUCUGUUACAGCACAAUAAAUACCAGCGCUCACGUACUGACGGGUAGUCUUGCAUGGAUCUCUUAGCUUUUGUUCAGUGUGCAGGUAGGUACAAGGAAAGACAGGGCAGAGGUUGCCUCAGCCUCUGCCCCCUGUUUGUAGGUACUAGUGAUUGCUUCACCCCUAACCCAAGGCUGCGUUCACACAGCGGUGGAAGCGGAGCGUCUGCCUCCUUUCCUGACUGCGAGUUGCGUUUUCAACCCCUGAAAGCUUUGUGAAACCUUUGAGAGAGCUGGUGGGCCUUGUCUCUGUGCCACCAAAAGCAGGAAGGCACCGAAAGUGGCUGAGUUGCCGAGGUGCCAAGGGACUCAUGGCUGAUGGGGGGAUAAUUGGAAAGCAGUGGCUGCCCUGGCUGGAGGAUCUGGUUGAGGUCUGAGCAUGGGGGAAGAGAUGAAGCUGUAGGAUGGACGGCUGUGGAGGUGAAGCACGGGGUGAGGGCAAGCCUCCAUGCUGCUGGCACUAGGGUGCAGAGGGGGACAGCCAGUGCCUGACCUUCUAGGGACCGAGCAGGGGAAGGUAAUGGUGCUUUGCACAGUCAAAAUAGCUAAAAACAAAGGGCUGCAUUUCUUUCACUCUCUUGCCAGUUGUGCAAUGACUCUUUAAUCUUACAUUUAUGCAAAAUAUUCAUGUUUCCAAGGUGGAAAUCACUGUUCUGUGGGGAACCAUCCUUCAUGCAAGGAACAGCGGCUGUCACCAGAGGAGACUUGAUUAAGAAAAAAGGUCAGCCAGCAUGUGUGCCGAGACAAGUCCCGCCGAGUCUUUGAGGAGGUGGAAGUGUGUCUGAGGAGCACCCACGCAGGGCUUCAUCCUUUGUAAAGGUGAAGAGGCCUGUCAGGUUGCAAAGACAGAUGUAGGUGAGGGUAAGCAAAUGUCUCGUGGGUUUGCGUGGUAGAGACAACACUCAGAAGAUCAGAACAGAAGAGCCUGAAGCUCACUUCUCUCUUCAGAGGGUCAGGGUCUCGUGGGCAUUAAGUCAUCAGAUGGAUGUUUGGCUCCAGACAAGCAACACUCUUCAGAGCCCAGGUCCUUUCCUGUAGGCCUUCUCCUCACAUCCAGUGAGAAGGCCAAGUGGGACAACCUAUAUUCCAAAUGCUGCUACCAAUGCUAGUCUUCCAGCCCAGGAGCUAUGCGAGGCCCUCACAUCCAUCCCACUGAGUGCAUGGGGAGCAGGUUGGGAGGCAGAGGACAAAGCUGUCCCUCAGCACACCGAGCUGCCUCCACUCCCCAGUCCCUCUGGGACAGGCUCUCCCAGCCAGGGCUCCCUUCUCCUCUCUCCCUUCUCAUUCCUGAAAAUUCAUCAGCAGGAUUUUGCCUUGCAAAAACCAGCCCAGAUCUCCCGACAGCCGCUGACUGGCAGCCCACUGUUAAGUCCAAGUGCCCCAGUCCAAAGCUGAAACCUCUUCUAUCACAGGUCCAGGCUAAGAGCUUUCCUUCUGGACUGAUCUCUCCUUGUUUCCUUCUCAUUUCUAAAUCUCUUAGAGCCUGGAGAUGGUUGGGAGGUGUUAACAGCCCAGUCAGCGUUGCUUGUUGUCCCGUCUUGGCAGCUGGGGUUUGGGGAAACGUUUUCCCUUGGGCUCUUCAACAACGUGUCCCUGACAGGGGUUGUGAGGUAGAGCAACCCGUCCUCCCUUCCACUCUGCUUGAGAUCACCUCCAAAAAAGCUCCUGAGGUACAGCACCAAGCAGACAAGACCAUGUAGGCAGCUGCAAGGUGCUUUGAGGAGCAUGGCCUGGCAGGCUGGGAGGGUGCAUGGUGGCUACGGGCACUGCCCUGCCUGCGUGAGGGGGUCUGUCAUGGAGCUGGGCGGGCCGAGGCCUCUGCGUGCCUGAAGGAGAGACCUGAGCUAAAUGCUGGGAAAGAGGAGCUGCUGCUGCUGCUGCCAAAUAGUACCACUGAGAUCUGAAUAGCUGGAGAUCAGCUUGGUGCAGCAGCAGCCUGUGAAGGGCGGCCUCCUCUCGCUUUGCUGCUAAGGGUAACGUGUGUGAGGCUUGUGAUAACCGCACACGUAGUGUUCAUGGCCGACAAGACGCCCGGCUCCUGGCCAGCAAGGAGGAGGGAUGGCUGAGCGAGGCGCUGAUCUGAAUGCAAACACCGCAGCCCUGGCAGAGCUCUUUGGGCGGGUUGUCAAACUGAUGGAUGGGAAAGGCUGCUGGGGAGGCACCGCGGCCUUUCGUUGUGCUAAUAAAUCCUCAGCUCAGGGAACGCUAACUUUCCACAGUGGCAAUCAGUUUCGCUCUCUCUCUUCUCCCUCCCCAACGUAACAAAUUGAAAUUAAAGGCAGUGCUGUCUGUCAGGGUGACAAAGGUGGUGUCUGGGUGCAUCGGCCGGCUGUCCUGGUGUCUCUGAGAGCGAGGACGUGGCGUGGGGGGCCGUGAUGCUGGACAUCAGCAGUGCCACGGGUGGGCAAGCUGGAGCUAAGUGGGAUGUCCAGCCAAAUGCACAGCUCUUGGCUCUGCAGUCUGUGCUGGAGCCCAGUUUGUGGGCUGGGAGGGCUGCCCAAAGGCUUUGCUUGUGGUCCAGCUUCACUCGCAGGCCUGGCUGUGGCUCUGAACACUGCUGUGCCAUGGCAUCACUCCCAGGUUUGUCAUCCAAGGGCAUGGUGCCUUGGUUGGGAGCUGCUGCCCUCACAAGUUUUCUGUUUGCCAACUUUAUGGGCAGCUCAGCAGUGCAGAGAGCUCCCAACCAACAUCCAUUUGAAGUACAGGUGUUUAUAAUAAUUACUUUUGGUUAGGCAUCUGCCCCACAGCUGGGAUGCUCCCCAUAUCUUCCAAUUCAGUUCUCCUUGGAGUGGAGGCAAGAGGGACAGCCAAAACCAGCUGCAGGUGCCAGUGAAACACGUAGGAGCUUUUGGAGCACAGACAGGGUUUUCUGCAGUGCCCCUGAUGUCAGUGAAAUUUCUGCAGGUCCUUAAAGCACAAACAUCUCCCAGCUCUUUCUCCUCUCAUCCAAGGCCGGUAGACUUUGGAUCAGGCUCUUAAAAAUAUUCUAUACACAGUUCCUGGAGUUAGAUUCAUUUGCCUGAAAUUGUCAGGUUGCUGAUGGGGCAGGGAGAGGGUUUCAGGUGGGAGCCGAAGCCUCCGGUCUCUUAAAGCACUACUGUUUAAUUUAUACCUCUGCAUUUCUAAAAUAAACAGCCAAACAAGCAGAUUCUUUUGAAAAAAAAAAAAUAGAGUACAAAGCAAAUCUUCAGAGGAGUGCCCUCUGGUCCUGCAUGAUCCGUGCUGGGUGACCCACGAGAUGCUGAACACAGAGGUGGGUCACGCCACUCCUAAUGCAGCCUGAGCCCUGCACCAAGGCACAGCUGCAACGCCGACUGUGCUGCAGCAAUAACCAUCUCCUGACUUGGCACAAGACGAGCAGCUCGCCUCUGUUUCCCUGUGGAUGCCCAGUUUGGGAUUUCCUGAUAGCACAAGCCAGAAUUUGUUGUAGGCAUCGCGCCACCCCUUCAGCAUGUCCAGCCCCAUCUCCAGCGGGAGGAACCAGCCCGCCUGGGGUGCAGAUCUUGCCCUGAAGUGGUCCUGCACCCAGCAGCUGCUGGUUUUUAAAGGUGUCUCCAAGGCCAGAUGUUCACCCUAGGUGAGGUUCCUUUGGACUGCACUGCUUCCAUAGAGUGAUAUUAGCAGUCCUUGUGCUUUCUUGUGGUUUUCUAUUUCGGAUGAGACGAACUCCUCAUACUGUAACUAUGGAAUGUAGCACUUUGUUAAAUUAAAACAUUGGAAAAUAAAAAGCUGUCCAUCAUAGCUGACUUUAA